AUGGUCCAGUCCAUCGAAUAUUACGAUCUCGAACAUUCAUCUGAAAAGAAACCAGUACAAGGUGUUGAUGAACUCAUGCAUCGUAUAAUGAGUUAUUGGCAAAAGUUAAACCAAAAGGUUAGUGGUUUUGUUUCAGUUCGAAUCGAAAAUUUACAAAAUAUGGUUGAUAAUACAUAUUUCUUGCUAUUACUUAUGGUUAAGCAGGUUAAUAUAGUUGUUUGUGGUUCAACUUGUGUUGGCAAAAGUACACUUGUUAACUCUCUAUGUGGAAAAGAAGUACCCAAAACCAGUAGUAGUUUAUGUUCAGCAACUGAUGAAAUGAAAAAAUAUGUGUUACAUCAAACUUAUCAAUCAGUUAAUGAAGCUGCAAGUUCAACUGAAUAUUCUAUUACAAUCUGGGAUACAUCUGGUAUUGAAUCUUGA